CCGAAAUUUAUGCAGCUGUAUGGAUAGAUAUGGCUCUAAUUCAUUUUAUGAUUUCUUUUACAAUUAAUGGUAUGAUUAAUUACUUAUAGAAAUGUGUUUUGAAAAGUCAAGAGAGAUGAUACAUCCAUUUUUGUUGACUAUAUGGUUGAUAUCAUGUGGAUUAAUCUUACACCAUCUGUUGUGAUGAUUAAAGCAACCACUAGAGCCUUGCUUGAGAAACACUUGUGCUAUUAUCUGAUUGAUGAAUGUAAUUAAAUGCUAUCGUGCAGUAUUUGACUUGUGAGGUUGCUGAUGCCAUGGGAAACCUCUGUGUCAAAAAGAAUGAUUACGUACAGAGUAUGCCUCAACCAAGUGGCAGAGAGAAUGCAGAAAUGACAAAUGAGACAACUUUGUCUAAUGAGAGCUUGAUUGAAAGUCCCAAUGGCAAUAUUGGCCAACUUCAUGAGAGGCAGCGUUUCCCUAGCCAACAGAACCAAAUAUCAUUUUCACCAGAUGGUCAUAGACAAAUUAAUAGUUUGAAAAUAGUUGUAGCUUUGUAUUCAUACACUGCCCGUGAUCAGGGUGAUUUAAGUUUCCGAAAAGGAGAUAGACUUGGCAUUCUUGAUGACAGCGAUACUGAUUGGUGGCAUGCCUGCCACUUAAUAAAUCAACAGAAUGGUUACAUACCUCGUAAUUAUGUUGCACCAGAACAAACAGUGGAAAGUGAGGAUUGGUUCUUUGGAAGGGUCUCAAGAAAAGAGGCAGAAAAAAUGCUCAUGUUACCUUCCAAUCCUAGAGGGGCAUUCCUCAUUAGAAAUUGUGAGCAAACGGCAGGUAACAUAAAAGGGGCUUACUCAUUGUCAAUCAAAGAUUGGGAACAUCAGAAAAGUGAUCAUGUAAAACAUUACAAAAUAAAAGCUAUGGAUAAUGGUGGUUUCUAUGUAACAACACGAAAAACUUUUGUUACUCUCCAGGAAUUAGUUGCUUAUUACUCUGAAGGAGCUAAUGGCUUGUGCCAUAAACUGACAAUCCCCUGUCCCAAGCCAAAACCACACCUCUGGGAUCUCUCUCCUGAUACAAGAGAUGAAUGGGAAAUAUCCAGAUCUUCAAUACAGCUCAUUCGAAAACUAGGAAAUGGCAAUUUUGGUGAUGUUUGGUAUGGUAAAUGGAAAGGAACAACAGAAGUAGCUGUAAAAACUUUAAAGCCUGGAACCAUGGCUCCUUCAGCAUUUUUGCAGGAAGCAGCCAUAAUGAAGAAAUUUCGACAUGAGAAAUUAGUAUCGUUGUUUGCUGUUUGUUCAAAAGAAGAGCCUAUUUAUAUUGUUACUGAAUAUAUGCUUAAUGGAAGCUUAUUAGAUUACUUAAGGAACAGGGAAGGAAGAAAUUUGAGGCUGCAUGCGCUCAUAGACAUGGCAGCACAAAUUGCUAGUGGCAUGGCUUAUCUAGAAAGAGAGCAACUCAUCCAUAGAGAUCUCGCUGCCAGAAAUAUUUUGGUUGGUGAUAACAACAUAGUUAAGGUAGCAGAUUUUGGGCUUGCCAGGAUCAUAGAAGAUUCUGAGUACACUGCUCGACAAGGUGCUAAAUUUCCAAUCAAAUGGACUGCUCCAGAAGCAGCCUUAUUAGGAAGGUUUUCCAUAAAGUCAGAUGUGUGGUCAUAUGGAAUAUUACUUUAUGAACUUAUAACUCAUGGCCAAGUUCCUUACCCAGGCAUGCACAAUCGAGAAGUUAUUGAACAAGUUGAGCGCGGGUACAGGAUGCCCAAGCCUACAAACUGUGAGUGUCCUGAUUCAGUCUAUUCUAUGAUGCUUCAAUGUUGGGAUGCAGAUCCAGAAAAAAGGCCUACCUUCGAGUUCCUGUUUGGUUUCUUCGAUGAUUAUUUUGUCUCCACAGAGCCAAGUUACCGCAAUGCAGAAGAUUUUUGAGAGGACAUUUUGUCGCCUCCUGUUAUCUCCCGUUUAACGGUGUCAAAAUAUAAAGUAUUUAAAUGAAAGACUUUUUAUAUGAUGAAGGUUUUAUAUAUUAAAAGGAAAUCGCUACAAGUUUUAUGUUUUGAUUGUAUCCUUUUUUUAGCAUUUAUUAAUGGCUUGUAAAUACAUAUUUUGUCAUAAUGUGGAUGUCCUUUUUUAUCACAGAUACGGUUGCUUUUGAGAAGAAAAAAAAUUUUGAUUUGGGAAAAAACAAUAACAUUAAUUCUAGCAUUGUGCCAAAGUUAUGUGACAGAUGAAUUUUUCGAUUCAUAUUUUAAUUACAAUAUGUUCUGUUACUUGUCUGUGUUAUUGAGGAACAGAAAUUCAUCUGUUAAUGUUCUUUUCCUAAAAACAGUCUUACAAAAGAAAUAGGAUAGAGGAUUGCUCCUAAAUUUGGAAUGUGGAUUAUAUACGAAAUUCACUCAAGGAAUUAAAAAAAUAAUAAUAAUUUAUUUUAGUUUUAGUUUAAACUGUUGGCUAAGUGGUGUUUUGUAUGAAAAAAACACGAAUGAAGAAUAUUAUCUGCAUGAAAUGCAUUUUUAAUUUAAAACAAGAGUUGUGAAAUGUAAAUUGUAAAACCAGGAACAUUGUCCUUUUUUUCAGACAAAGCAUCACUUAGUGUACAUUUUUUCAAUUUAAUUCUUUAAAAAAAAUAUCCUUGAGCUUAUGUCGUGUUUAGUCCAAUUACCAAAUUUCAUAACAGUGAACUCACAUUUUAAUUACAAGAUAUCAUUUACUGAGAAUUUAAACUAUAACUGCUCUGUAUUGUAGGAAACCGAGUUUUAAUUCUUAUGUAAAUGCAAAUUUUCUUGUUAAAGAAAAUUUUGCUAUGCUUUAAUUAUGAACUUCCAAUUUCACUGCAAAAAAAAAUGACUUUCAUUUGAAAAUAAAUGUGCUUAUUAGCCAUGAUUCCUCUUUAUGUAAGUUCAGUUUAGGUUUUAAACCAUGAUAAAUUGCAAAAUUUAACUUUUUAAAGAUUAUGUUCAAUAUUCUAAUUUGCUUUCCUCUUAUUUCAGUAUGAUUCAAUGAGUGUGAAUAAUUUUUGCGCUUCUAUGCAUAUAGUUGUUAGUGUAAGUUCUAUGUUAAAAUUAAAAUUGCAUUGAAUAUUCAAUUAUUAUUUGGUACUUGGCAAAUGCUUUGAAUAUUCAUCUUCCACAGUCAACAGUGAAAAAAAGUUGGGACGAUUGAGACAUUUGGCAUUUCUGAAUAGCAAAUUCACAAAAAAAAAAGACGACAUAUUAAAAUAUAUGCACCUAUUUUAUGACCUUAGUUAUGCUUUUCAAAUAAUCAAGUUUUUAAAACAAACUCUUAGUGAAUGGAUGCAUUUAUUACUUAAAAGUGGUUAAAAAAUAAUGAAUAAUAUUCUUGAAUUCAAAGUAACUUGCUGUGUAUAUUCUUCCUAUAAAUUAAUGAAGAAAAGUUAUUAAUGCUGUAAGUGUAAGCAGUAUUUUGUUUCCUUUAACUAAUGAAACUAUGAAUGCUUACAAUUACGUAUAUGACAAAGAUUAAAAACCUAUUUUAGGUUUGUUUAUAUUGAAAGCACAAUAAAACUGCACGAUCAAUUUCUGAAAUUUUCUGAAGAAAACUUUUUUUUUUUUUCGAAAUGAAAUCUUUACCAAGGGGGCCCAUAUUCAAAAUUUUAAGGGUAUGGCUUAAAAAUUUUCCCCAUGAUUUAGCAGAAUAUUUCCCCAGUACAGAUUAGAGACAGUAAAAUUUGACAUUUUUAAUAACUUAUUCAUUAAUGGCUGGAGAAGAAAUUUUUAUACAUUUUUGCAAAGAAAAAAGCACUAAAAGCAAGGAAGUUCUCAUUUCUAGGGGGGAGCUUGAGCCCCCAGUUGCCCCCCUAUAUGGGUGCCCUUGAAUCUUUAUCUUGAUUUUUUCUCCCUCUACACUAAAUGCCUGUUAUAAUUGUUUAAUCAAGUUCUGGAAGUGAAGAUAAGGCAUAUAAUUAUGGUCCCCGUGGCAAAAUGGCUCUCGUGAGGCGAAAAAGGGAAUUCUUAUGAUGAAAUAGAUCAAAUGUUAUACAAGCAAUGCAGUGAUGAAUGCCCAGUAACUUUUCCUUGUAUCCUCAAACAUUAGAGUCGGCUGUAUUUAGCAAGAAUAUUUAUUUGUCUCCAGUAAAGGUUUUUCUUCUAUUUCAGAUAAAAAAAUGAUAUUUCAAACCAUCUGAAAAUAAAAUAAAUACCUUUGUGCUGUACAGUAAAGUAAGAAAAACAAAGUUAAAAAAA